UCAAUAUGUAAAAACAUUGAAAAUUUUCUAGGGUUUACGAGGUCUGCGUAUAUAUUUAACACACAAAGGCCUAGGGUUUUGAGCGUGGCCAUUUCACAAUCGAAUCGGCAUCUCACCCGCAAAAUGCCGAAGCAGAUUCACGAGAUCAAGGACUUCCUUCUCACUGCAAGGAGAAAAGAUGCACGCUCCGUGAAGAUCAAGAGGAGCAAGGAUGUGGUUAAGUUCAAGGUCCGUUGCUCCAAGUACCUCUACACACUUUGCGUCUUUGAUGCAGAGAAGGCUGACAAGUUGAAGCAGUCUCUUCCUCCAGGUUUGAGUGUCCAAGACCUGUGAAAGCUGGCUGAGGAAAGCAAAUGGGGCUAUUGAGUGUAGUAGCCUGGUAUUGUUUCCUCUCAAGCUGUGUUUCUUUUUAGUUUGAAAUGCAUCAUGGAUGUCUAAGUUUAGGAUGAUACUUUUGACUCAGAAUUUUUGUUUUUGUGAUUCAAUGAAGAUUCUAUAUCAUGAUUGGGUUUUGCUUGAUUAGUUUGUUCCCGGAUUUUGAAGAUGGAGGCAAGUUAUUGAUUAGUUUCCAAUUUUG